AGCCAAGUGACUCUGGCACAGACACAGAAGCAGCAGCAGAUCACAUCACCCCUCCCAACCGCAGCUUCACGGCAAAACCUGCUGCUGCCGCCUCACAUUAUUCGCCACCGGCGCUCCGUCUGACUGAAACGACGAAAAGGACGGCUGCGCGGCUCGCCGUAUUCAUUCGCCUUUCCGUAUAGCCCAUCGUGUGCCUGUCCGUCAUGGAUAUGCUGGGGAAGAAAGAGCGGAGAGGCAGGGAUGUGAAGGGAUUGUUGAAGAGGAACUGGGUUCUCAUAGCAACCAUCACCUCGGUGAUACUGGGGAUCGGGCUGGGAGUGCUGGUGCGGGACUACACCUCUCUGUCCCAGCUGGACAAACAGUACUUUGGCUUCCCAGGAGAUAUCCUGAUGAGAAUGCUAAAGCUGGUCAUCCUGCCCCUCAUCGUCUCCAGCAUGAUAACAGGAGUGGCAGCGCUGGACUCUGAGGUGUCGGGCAGGAUCGGUCUUCGUGCCGUUGUUUAUUACCUCUCCACUACCAUCAUUGCUGUCAUUCUUGGAAUCGUUCUUGUGACGACGAUUAAACCCGGGGUCUCUCAGAGUGCUGAAAAUUUAGAGAGAGCAGGAAGCACUCCGAAUGUGACCACUGUUGACACCCUGCUGGACCUUAUUAGGAAUAUGUUUCCUGAAAAUCUUGUGCAAGCCUGUUUUCAGCAGUAUAAGACGCAGCGCAAAGAGAUUGAACCACCGAAAACCAACAUAAACACAACUAAUACGACUACAUUCCCACCGUUCACCACCAUUAUUUCAGCAGUUGCACAGAAUUUGACCAAAGACUACAAGAUCAUGGGCUCAUAUUCAGAUGGCAUUAAUGUUCUUGGUCUGAUCGUGUUCUGUGUGACUUUUGGCCUGGUCAUCGGCAAGAUGGGAGAAAGGGGCCGAAUCCUGCUCGAGUUCUUUGAUGCUCUGAAUGAGGCCACCAUGAGAAUUGUUCAGAUUAUUAUGUGCUACAUGCCUAUCGGCAUCUUGUUCCUAAUCGCCGCCAAGAUCAUCGAGGUGGACGACUGGGAAAUCUUCAGGAAGAUGGGCAUGUACAUGGUGACAGUGCUCAGCGGACUAGCCAUCCAUUCCAUGAUAUUCCUCCCCCUCAUAUACUUUGUGUUUGUGAGGAAGAAUCCAUUCACCUUCACUCUGGGAAUGGCACAGGCUUUGCUAACAGCUCUCAUGAUUUCCUCAAGCUCAGCCACUCUGCCGGUCACGUUCCGAUGCGCAGAGGAGAACAACAGGAUCGACAAGAGAAUCACCCGUUUCGUCCUUCCAGUCGGUGCGACUAUCAAUAUGGACGGCACUGCGCUGUAUGAAGCCGUUGCUUCUAUAUUCAUAGCCCAAUUGAACAACCUCGACCUGGACGCUGGCCAGAUUGUUACCAUUAGUAUCACAGCAACAGUCGCCAGCAUCGGUGCAGCAGGAGUUCCAAAUGCUGGACUGGUAACCAUGGUGAUAGUCCUCACAGCAGUGGGCCUUCCUGCCAGUGAUGUCACCCUCAUCGUCGCUGUUGAUUGGCUGCUCGAUCGCUUCCGUACCAUGGUCAACGUGCUGGGAGACGCCUACGGCGCUGGAAUAGUCCAGAAGCUGUCAAAACGAGAACUAGAAAGGAUGGACCUGACUUCAGACGUGGACGCGGCCAACCCCUUCGCCCUAGAGACCACGCUGGACGACGACGAGUGCGAGAAGAAAUCUUACGUGAACGGUGGAUUCACCAUCGACAAAAGCGACGCCAUUUCCUUCACCGAGACCUCGCAGUUCUAGAGGUGAACGUCUGUCCUGAAAAUGUGACGUCGCUGAAAGAGUUCAGAGAGGUAGGAGCCAUUCAUAAAAGCUGUGCCAUGACUAGGACGGAAAGUCAUUAGCGAGGACAUGAUUGAGCGCGGACAUUAGCAAUACCUGCCCUUGCGGUUCUCCUUCCUUCAUUUUUCCAACCGUGCUCUUGAACUUACGUGUGCGCCAGACUGAGAGAAAAAACGGACGUGAGAAAACUGUGCUUCCACAGCUCAUUAACCUGUUGCCAUGACUUAUGCAAAGCUGUUUUCUUUUUAGUUUCCUUUGGUUUUGUACUAACGAAUAGCUUUUUAGCAGUAGGCCAUUUUCGUAUUUGUGUGUCUGAGAAGGAGCUCUGUGCAAUCUUGCGCAUCUGUUUGAAAGAAGCUCGGCAGAUUAGUGUAACGUACGCAUGUUGCUAACUAGCCAAUGUUAUUAUACAGAGAAAACGCUGAGUUCAAAAUUUUUAUUCGCAAAUUACGUUCAAGUUUCAAAAUCAGUAACGUGUGAAAUGUUGCCAGUUCUGUAUUUGCACUUGCUAUCGAAAGCCAAAUGUUUAUGAGCUUUGCGUGUCUUUCAUUUCAGAUUUGUGCCAAAUUGAAUGUGUUGAUAUGAAGGGGAACAUUUUUAUACAAACGUUGCAUGAUAAGGAUUUGAUGUGGAGUACAGAAAUGGCCUUUGGAAUGAAAAUCAGAUCCUUUGUACAUAUAUUUUGUCAUGAUACUGAAAGUGGCAAGCCUUAAUAGUUUCUUCAGCAAGCCACUGAUUUAUCAUUUUUCUUCUCCUUCUGUUGUUGAAUCAUAGCUAUUUUGAGGAAUAUUUUUAAAAGACCAUGCCGACCAUGUUGUCAGUGCCAAAUUUCUGCCAUUGAGCCAGUUUUAACGUUCUUUUACAGUAAUUAAUUUUUUAAACACUGCCAGUCAAAAGUUUUUGAACCGUUAGAUUUUUAAUGUUUUUUUAAAGAAGUAUCUUCUGCUCACCAAGCCUGCAUUUAUAUGAUUUAAAGUACAGCAAAAACAGUACAAUUUUGAAAUAUUUUUACUAUUUAAAAUAACAGUUUUCUAUUUCUGUGAUCAAAGCAAAAUUUUCUUAUUCAUUACUCCAGUCUUCAGUGUCAAAUGAUCCUUCAGAAAUCAUUCUAAUAGGCUGAUUUGCUUCUCAAGAUACAUUUAUUAUUAUUAUUAUUAUUAUUAUCAGUAUUUAAAACAGUUGAGUAUUUUUUUUCUUUUUCAGAAAUAGAAUAGAAAGAAUUUUUAGAUUUUGAAUAGAAAGAUCCAAAGAUCAGCAUUUAUCUGAAAUAAAAAGCUUUUGUAACAUUAUACACUAUACCAUUCAUACACUUGGAGUCAGUAUAUUUUUAAGGAAAGAAACUCUAGAAAUUUAUACUUUUAUUUAGCAAUGAUGUUUUAAUUAAACUGAUCAGAAGUGACGAUAAAGGCAUUUAUAAUGUUACAAAAUGUUUCUAUUUCAGAUAAAUGCUGUUUUACUGAACUUUCCUUUUAUCAAAGAAACCUGAAAAAAUUCUACUCAGUUGUUUUCAACACAAUAACAAUAAUAAUAAUAAUAAUAAUAAAUGUUUUUGAGCAGCAAAUCAGAAUAUUACAAUGAUUAUUGAAGGAUCAUGUGACUGGAGUAAUGAUGAUAAAAAUUCAGCUUUGAAAUCAAUGGAAAAAAUACAUUUUAAAAUAUAUUUAGAUAGAAAACUGUUAUUUAAAUAGUAAAAAUAUUCCACAAUAUUACUGUUUUUGUUGUACUUUGAAUCAAAUAAAUACAGGCUUGGUGAGAAGAAGAGACUUCUUUAAGAACUUCAAAUAUCUUACUGUUCAAAAACUUAUGACUGGUAGUGUACUUUGGGUUACAUCAGAAAUGAGAGAAAACGAUCAAUGUGAAGCAUUAACGGUCUGUGUUUGAGGUUAGAGAACUGAAAUAACACUGUAAAGCACACCAUCGUACAACUGUAUUUAUACAGUACAGUAGUCAAAUUAGUUAUACUGUAUGAUUCAACAAGUACUGUAUGUGUAUCCACAAAAUAAUAAAGACAAAUGUGUCAACACCUACAAAAUUCCACGAAUU